AUGGUCAUGGUCCAGUCGGCAACACAACAGACCUUGAAACGAUCCGCCCGAUCGGCAUGGACUCAUCUUUGCACCACCGCCAGCCCUCGAGCCACAUCACAAUGCCAUCACACCGGCCAUCUGCUCCAUCGUCAUGCGACAGGAAGACUUGCUGUUGAGCGUUUAGGAGGUGCGAGAGAGUUCUCGUCAAGCGCUACCGCUGCUACUGCCCGCGCAAACACAGAGACGACCACAACAGAAGUUAAGACAUCGACUGAGUCGGCGGGACCAACAGGUACAAAUGGAGCUUGGUCAGCCAAAGAUCCCAUCCAAUUGGACGCACCCUUCCUCGACAUGGUCAGGCAGCGUCUGGUGGAAAGGGAUGAUACUAGUGCCUAUUUCAUGCAUUGCAAGGAGGAUCCUGUUCGUCAGGCGGGCGUUUUCAUGCCGCUCUGCAUGUACAAGGGAGUGCCAAGCGUUCUAUUCACCGUCCGAGCACCACACAUGAGGAACCAUCGAGGGGAAGUGAGCUUCCCAGGGGGCAAACGUGACCCGACCGACACUUCAGUACUUGACACCGCUCUCCGGGAAAUGGAAGAAGAAAUCUUUAUCUCUCGGGACAAAGUUGAGGUCCUGGGUGAAUGUGCGCCCUUACCCAACAAGGGCUGCACGUUGAAGGUUCACCCCUUUGUCGGAUACAUCAAGGAACCCAUCGAGGAUUUGGACUCGAUCAAGUUUAACAAGGACGAGGUCCAGAGGGUUUUCACAGUACCCUUGCAGGAUCUGAUGAACCCUGAGAAACGAUCGAUGGUUCAGUUCAGGAGUUCCAAGUUCUUGUACCCGGUCUGGAAGGUGGAUGGGGAGGGUAUUACUAUCUGGGGGCUUACUGCCUUCAUCAUGGAUGGCGUGCUUCGAAGGAUUGGAGAUGAAGGACCUACACAGGCGAUCGAAAUACCAAAAGGAACUCCAGCAGGAAAAUAUCGUCCACUCAUGCCGUCUGCGUAA